AUGGGUGUUGAAGUCCAGAGACUCUCCGGCGGUGACGGCCAGAACUUCCCCAAGCCGGGGGAUACCGUCACCAUGCACUACGUUGGAACCCUCGCCGACGGCUCCGAAUUCGACAGCUCUCGCAAACGUGGCACCCCCUUUGUGACGCGCAUUGGUGUCGGCCGUGUCAUCAAGGGCUGGGAUGAGGGUGUUCCUCAACUCAGUGUUGGCGAGAAGGCUAACCUGAUCUGCACUCCUGACUACGGCUACGGCGCGAGCGGCUUUCCUCCCGUUAUUCCCGCCAACGCGACGCUCAAGUUCGAGGUUGAGCUUAUCAAGAUCAACUAAAUGUUCCAUUGGAAUAAUAGGUGACGCCAUGAUGCUAGUUCGGGCAAUGGCCAUUCAAAUGUUAGCCUAGGCGGCUUUUUUUUUCAUGUUAUGUAUUUAAACCGAACUGUCGUUCGAGGAGGCUAUAUCUUGUCUUGGCCGUGGCUUUUCGGCUCCUUAGUGAGACGAACUGGCCCGGUUUGUCAAUGCAGUUACUGGUCUGCAAUCUCGUAGUAUUUCCACGUAAACACGUAUAUACACUUAGAGCCAGCUAUGCUUCGAAACAGGCAUUGAUCGCUGCCGUGGGUUGGGGUUGAAAUAUGCCUCCUCGCAUGAUGGCUUGACCUUCUUUCCAGU